GGACUAAGGAGUUAGUUGAAUGUGCCUAAUUCAUUGUAAACUUGUGGUCCACCACUAGGCCUUCAUCCUUGAAGAAGCUGGCGGCGGAAAUAUUGAAAUGAAUUCCAUUCCUGUUAAAAGUACUCUAUACUUCCUAAAUUAGGGUAUUUUUUUUUCAUAUCACCCAAUCUAUGAGCUACGUCACCAUGUUAUUGAAUUUGAGUGUGUUUUACAUAGUAUAUAAAAUCUGUCACUAGCAAGAGUUGAAACCACGACAUUUCAACUUUGUAUUGGGGCAAGAACCGCUGAGCUAAGAAAUGUAUGCAAAAGUGCUCACAGUAUCAAUAUGCAGUCCUAUUCCGACAAAGUUUCCACCUUCAGCAAAUUUUAUUGCUCCUUGCAAUCAAUCAGAAGGUUUGGUUGGUUCUUCAGGACUGAAAUAUGGGUAUCAGAAUUUAUUCAAAAAAAUACCUGGAUUACAAAGGAGUUCACGAAAUCGGUGUGGUCAUGUGGUGGUAAAUGUUACACGUGAAACGUCAAAAGGGGAAUAUGGUAAUGAUGAUCGAUUUUACAUGAGGAGGUGUAUAGAGCUCGCUAGGAAGGCAGUUGGGUUCACAAGCCCUAAUCCUAUGGUUGGUUGUGUUAUUGUUAAAGAUGGAAGCAUUGUGGGUGAAGGGUUUCACCCUAAAGCUGGUCAGCCUCAUGCUGAGGUGGAUAUCAUAAUUUAAAAAACAAAAAAUCAUAGGUUUUUGCACUGAGAGAUGCUGGGAGUAUGGCAGAAGGUGCAACUGCAUAUGUGAGCUUAGAACCUUGUAACCAUUAUGGUAGGACUCCACCAUGCACCGAAGCACUGAUCAAGGCCAAAGUGAAGAGGGUGGUUGUUGGGAUGGUGGACCCAAAUCCUAUUGUGACUUCAAAAGGGUUGGGUAGACUAAUUGAUGCAGGAAUUGAAGUGACCAUAGGUGUUGAGGAACAACUUUGUCAGAAGCUUAAUGAGGCCUUCAUACAUCGAAUGUUGACAGGGAAGCCCUUUGUUACCCUAAGAUACUCCAUCUCACUUGAUGGACAUCUUUUGGAUGAGGUAGGGAGGGAAGGCAGUGAAUCAGGCGGUUACUACUCAAAACUGCUGCAAGAAAAUGAUGCAGUCAUACAUUCUUCCACCAGGUUGUUAGCGGAGAGUUGCCACCCUCUGGUUCCUUCAUCUAGAGAACCUGGAGCAAAUCAACCACUUCACAUUUUGUUAUCUGUCCCUCCAAUGCAAAAAACGAUCACAAUCACCGAGAAAGAUGGAGUACUCGCUCUGGAUAUGACGAAUUUAAGAUCAAUACUUGAGGAAUGCGAACAUCGAGGGCUAUGUAGUGUUAUGGUGGAUGUAAGAUGUGAUUCCUCUGCUGAAUUUGGCCAGUUUUUGAAAGAGGGUUUUGAGCAAAAUCUGUUCCAGAAGGCUGUGGUCGAGGUAUUACCAGUCUGGGGAGGGUCACACCAUUUGAACAGUUUGGGGCAGCUCGGUCUGAAGGUGAAGAGCUUGACAUCAAUGGUCUCUAGUGACACUGUUCUCCUGGAAGCAUAUUUUUGAUUUCAACAUAUGUGGAUGUAGUAGAGUGAAAUUAGUUUUUAAACAAUUAUUUAAACAAUUUAAAUAAUUGCUUUUAGAUUCUAAAUAUAUGUUCUGUUCUGGGAUUAUUUAUUUUUCAAUUAAAAACUUUAGUUUUUUUUGCCAAUUCUAGAGCACCUUUGAGUAAUUUUUACCAGAACAAAA